ACAGAAUUCCUCCGUACCUGUCUGGACAGGGAGAGACGGAGCGCCACAGGGCAAAGGACAGAAAGAAGCGGAGAAAGGAGGAGGGCAGGCAGGGGGGAAAAGAAAAGAAAAGGGAAUCCAGAGAAGGAGAGCCAGAGGAACAAAGGGGUCCGAUUUAAAGAGCACAAACAGGAAAGAGGUGCAUCAGAGACAUUGGAGGGACAGAGAGAAAGUGACAGAGGAGUUUAUAAGCUUGUAUAGUCUUUGCUGCAUCCUGUUUCCUGCCGGGUUUAUUUUUCGUCGUUCUGAGAUCCGUGGCUAUUUUGGUCGGAGUGGUUUGGGAUGGAUGCCAUCAUGCUGCAGGAGAAACUGGUGGAACGGCUUCUGUGUCCACGAGUGAGAACGGCCAGACAGAAGGAGAAACAGUAUGUGGGUUUUGCAACUUUGCCCAAUCAAGUCCACAGGAAGUCGGUGAAGAAAGGCUUCGACUUCACCCUGAUGGUGGCAGGAGAGUCUGGAAUGGGUAAAUCCACCCUGGUGAACAGCCUGUUCCUCACAGACCUCUACAAAGACAGGAAGUUACUGAACGCUGAGGAGCGAAUCAACCAAACGGUGGAGAUCAUCAAGCACACGGUCGACAUCGAGGAGAAAGGAGUCAAGCUCAAGCUGACCAUCGUAGACACGCCGGGGUUCGGAGACGCCGUCAACAACAACGAGUGCUGGAAGCCGAUCACAGACUACAUAGAUCAGCAGUUUGAGCAAUACUUCAGGGAUGAGAGUGGACUGAACAGGAAGAACAUCCAGGACAACAGGGUCCACUGCUGCCUCUACUUCAUCCCUCCAUUUGGGCACGGGCUGCGUCCGGUCGAUGUUGAGUUCAUGAAGGCGCUGCAUGAAAAAGUCAACAUAAUUCCACUCAUUGCAAAAGCUGACUGCCUCACGCCCAACGAGAUAAAGAAGCUCAAAGACAGAAUACGAGAGGAAAUAGACAAGUUCGGGAUCAAAGUGUACCAGUUCCCUGAAUGCGACUCCGACGAGGAUGAAGAGUUUAAACAACUUGACAAAGAGCUGAAGGAGUGCACCCCGUUCGCUGUGAUCGGCAGCAACACGGUGGUGGAGGCCCGGGGGCAGAGGGUCAGAGGACGGCUGUACCCCUGGGGCAUCGUAGAAGUGGAGAACCAGUCGCACUGUGACUUUGUGAAACUGAGAAACAUGCUGAUUCGCUCGCACAUGCACGACCUGAAAGACGUGACCUGUGACGUCCACUAUGAAAACUACAGAGCACAGUGCAUACAGGAGAUGACCAUUAAACUGGCUCAGGACAACCGCAUGGAGAGUCCCGUCCCGUUCCUGUCCACUCCAGAUGUUGAAACUGAGAAACUCAUUAAAAUGAAAGACGAGGAGCUGAAGAGGAUGCAGGAGAUGCUGAACAAGAUGCAGCAGCAGAUGCACCACAAAGACCAGUGACAUCUCCCAGAGCAGAGCUGUGCUGUAGCGCCACCUACUGCCCCCCCCCCCCCCCCCUCCAGUCAAGGGAGCGAUGGACGUCAAGUGUCAGUGGCAACUCUGGUUGUACAUUAAUCUUCAGUUUGGUGCUUUGUAUAGUUUGUUUGCCCGGAGACUUGUUUCAUCAGAGUUGUUGUUUUUUUUUGUUUCUGUUUGAGUAUCCCCCCCCCCGUCCUCCACCUUCUGUGGUUAAACAGUCUUAUCAUAUAUAAUAUUAAUGUGUAAUUUAAAUUACUAGUCAGUGUAUCUAAUUUAUAAAUGCAAUGCUAGACCUUUUUCAAUAUUCUGUCAGGGUAUGACCAUGUGUGAUAUAAGAUGUUUUGUAAAGAAAUUUAGGUUGUUGGUCUUGAACCUGGAUAUUGUUUUUUAAUAUGUGUUUGUGUGUGUGCGUUUGCGUGAGCGAGUGUGUGUAUCUCAUGAAAUUUCCUUAGACGACACCAGGUAUCCAUCCAUUGAUCUCCCAGCUGUCUGACAGCUGAGGUGCCACAGUGACUUUACUUUUUAUUAAGGUGUUUAUUUCCUCUCUGAUCCUCAUUAAUAACUUCAUGUAACCUUUUUUUUUUCUAACAUAUGGCAAGUCAAAAAAAAAAUCCUCCUCCAGCAUUUUUUUAACCUGUGCUGGUGGAGCUGAAAAUGCACUUAUUGCCAGUGGCUAACUGUGAAUGGAGAGCCUUUGACGUAAUGAGAGGGUUGGUACAUGUGCGAGCAUGCUGCCGUUACUCGUAUCCGCUGAAUGCUGUGGACCUAUUUUUACUGCUUUAUAGCCAAUGCCCCCUGUGCUUGUAUUAAAAUGCAUCAUGACCCACAGUUUGCUGCUGUGCUACGAUGAGGUGUUGAGAAUAACGACGAGCAAAUGCUGUGUUUACGCUUCUGUUUUAAUAAUUCUGCCCUCGUCAGUGAAGGUGUGUAUCCUAUGAUUGCUUGAGUGUGUGUGUGUGUGUGUGUAUGCGACCGUGUGUGUGUUGACUCUGCUGAUGCUGAGACACAGAACAUAUUUUGCCUGAAGGCUCUGAGCUCAGCCUGUGCCCCUCUUAUAUAAAGGUGUGACAAAUAAACCCUUGUUUCUCGUCA